AUGGGAAAAUCAUUGGGUGAAUGUGGUUUGACUUCUUUAAGUGAUAGCACUGAUAGCAUGAUUGACAGAACAAAGGAUAUACAAGACGCGCUAGAUGCCCCAAUUCCUCAGAGCUGUAUAGACAGCCGCAGCCUCUUAAAUGCAGCUCAAAGGGAAGCAUUUACAUCUAUAAUGGAGCAUGUGAUAAAAGGAAAACCAGGAGCAUUUUUUGUAGAUGGUCCAGGUGGAACCGGUAAAACAUUCUUAUACAAUGCACUAUAUGCAGAGAUUCGCCUCAUGAAUAAGAUUGUUUUGCCGACAGCGACUUCUGGUAUAGCUGCAACAAACAUUCCUUCUGGUAGAACAGCGCACUCAAGAUUCAAAAUACCAGUAGACAGUGAUUGCUCACUAGCAUGCAGCGUUUCUAAGCAAAGUAGCCUAGCAGCAUUGAUAAAAGAAACAACCCUUAUAAUAUGGGAUGAAGCAUCAAUGGCAAACAAGCAAAAUUUGGAAUCUUUGGACUUAUUGUUACAGGAUAUAUGUGAUAAUAAUAUUGCAUUCGGUGGAAAAAGAUUCAGAUUGACUGAAAACUUAAGGGCCAGAGAAGACCCUGCAUUCAGUGAGUUUUUGCUUGCAUUAGGAAAUGGGGAAUUGCAAACUAUGGAAAGUGAUGUCAUUCAGUUACCUACACAGAUAGUGAAGACUUUUCAGCCUGAAGAAGAUCCAAUAUUAGAAUACCUAGAAUCAACUUUUCCAGAAUUGAGUUCAGGUAGUUUGGAUCCCAAAAUAUUUUCAAGGAGAGCUGUUCUAACUCCUAUAAAUGAUGAUGUCGAUUCUAUAAAUUCGUUCAUGAUUGAUAAGUUUCCAGGGGAAGCAAGGACAUAUACAAGCUAUGAUACUAUUUUGGAUGACACUGGCAACAUAUACCCUACGGAAUUUCUGAACAAACUGUGCCCAGGAGGAAUGAGUCCUCACAACCUUGUGUUGAAAAAGGAUUGCCCAUUAAUAUUACUCAGAAACUUGUUGCCUUCUUCUAGUCUGUGUAAUGGUACACGGCUCAUAUGUAAGAGGGAAUCCGGUUUUAAAGGAUCUACACCCAAGCUUAAGGUCAUUUUGUGUACAUUUUUGAACAAGUUUUGA